GGAACAGCGUUCACUGCCACUAUCAACCCUUGAGAUAUCUGUUAUCUCGUACAGGAAACGAUUUUGCACAGCCUCAGAGCUUGGUAAACAUAAAUGACUGGUCGGGACUGAGAUUGUUCUCGUCUGAUAGCUUGGCUUCCAACUCGAUAUCCGCUCUGCAGACAACUCACCCAGAUUCUCCUAAUUUCAGCCACCAAGACAAUCUCUCCAAAAUGGGUUAUCCGAGCAAUGUUGGCAUCAAAGCUAUGGAGAUUUAUGUGCCUGGCCAGUGCUUGGACCAGGCUCUCUUCGAACAGUACCAAGGCGUUUCAGCCGGGAAAUACACUAUAGGUCUGGGUCUAAAGUACAUGAACUUUUGUGACGACCGGGAGGAUGUUUGUUCACUGGCCCUCACGGCUGUAUCCUCUUUGCUUCACAAAUACAACAUCGAUCCGAAGUCGAUCGGGCGCUUGGAGGUCGGCACUGAGUCCCCCAUCGACAAGGCCAAGUCCGUGAAGACGGUGCUUACUCAGCUGUUCGAACCAUCUGGGAACACGAGUCUGGAGGGCAUCGACACGGUCAACGCAUGCUACGGUGGCACGAGUGCCUUGUUCAACGCCGUGAACUGGGUUGAGUCCCGCUCAUGGGACGGCCGUGAUGCCAUCGUGGUGGCUUCAGAUAUCGCUCUGUACCGCGAGCCGGCCUCCCGCCCUACUGGUGGCGCUGGCUGUGUGGCCAUGCUCGUAGGCCCCAACGCCGUGCUCUCACUCGAGCCGAGGCUCAGGGGGACCUUCAUGACGCAUUCGUACGAUUUCUACAAGCCUGAUACCAGCGUUGAGUUCCCGACGGUCAACGGCCACGAGUCCCUCCGGUCCUAUAUCUCGGCCUUGGACAUGUGUUACAAACACCUUCGCGAGAGGGUAGAGACGACAGAGGGCAAGAUGAACGGUCAUCAAGCCGAAGGUGGCUCGAGUGGUCUCCUGGACCGAUUCGAUUACAUGGCUUUCCAUACUCCAAACUGCAAGCUCGUUAGCAAGUCGUACGGACGUCUCAUGUACAAUGACGUCCUGCAUUCUACCGAUGAAAACAUUCGAGCUGUCAUGCCUUCCGAGCUCAUUCAGCUCAGCCACGAAGAGUCACUGAAGAGCAAGGAGCUUGAGAAGCUCUUCGUGACGCUCUCGAAGGACCGCUUUAAGGCGCGGGUCGAGCCUUGCAUCGCUGCGCCGACUCUGUGUGGCAACAUGUACACUGCCAGCUUGUACUGCUCACUCAUCAGCCUCAUCAGCAACAUCAACCCCGAGGAAGCCGAGGGCAAGACGAUCGGCAUGUUCAGCUAUGGAAGUGGAAUAGCUAGCACUCUCUUCGCCCUGAAGGUGACCGGGGACGUCAGCGAUAUGGUCCGCAAGAUCGAUAUUAUGGACAGACUGAGCCGACGCCACAUCGCCACUCCUGAGGAGUAUGAAAAGGCUUGCGCGCUUAGGCUCAAGGCAUACGGCUCGAAGGACUUUGAGCCCAGCGGAGAUGUUGCCGCCCUAGCCACGGGGACAUACUAUCUGGAGAGUGUUGAUGAUGCAUAUCGCAGGAAAUAUGCCAUCAAGGACUGAAGCAUUCUACUGUAUAACUCCGUCAUAUCGUGAGCUCGAGGCUUAGCAGGCUUGGUAGAGGGGUUAAAAAGGGGACUUGCUUGCAGUCCAGUACAUUGUAUGAGGCAAGAGAUGUAGACUUAGAAGCUAGAGGCUUGCGAAUAUAUAUCCUAUCUGCAU